AUGUCCGUAUUUUAUGAUGAAGUGGAGAUCGAAGAUUUUGACUAUAACGAGUCUACCAAAUUAUAUAGUUAUCCAUGCCCGUGUGGUGAUCGGUUUGAAAUUUCGAAGGAAAUGUUAGAAGCUGGUGAAGAUGUUGCUGCUUGUCCUAGUUGUUCACUGAUUGUUCGAGUAAUCUAUGACCCAGACAUAUUCAUUAAUUUGGAAACUCUAAACAUCAGUACUCAGAAAACAGAAGUGAUCAGCGUAUGA